AUGUCAAUUAAAACCAAUAGUUGCACUCCAAUUACAAUCACAUAUGAUGAUUUUUAUAAUAAUCUAUAUGAUGAGUUUUUGUGUGGUUUAGAAGAGGCAAGUUUAUAUGGUGUGGAUCUUGUAACAAUGCCCAGAGAAGUUCAUCAAAAGUUUAAAAGAAGUGAUUUAAUAUAUCUUUUAAUGGAAAAUGGUCAUUUUCAUGUAGUUCUAAAAAAUAAUUUUAAAAUUCAAGUAAAAUAUAAAGAUUUCAUUUUUACUUAUCGUAAAUGCCAAUUGAAACCAUUAUUUUACUACCCAAUUUUAUUAUUAUUUGCAAUGAAAAAGUUAAAUUUGUAUAAGGUUCGUUGGGAUUUAAUUGAAAGGUUUUACUACUUUAUGGAUAUUUCACUUUUAAAAAAUAUAGAACUACCCACAAAUAGAGGAAACUGUAUUUAUAGAAAAAUUGUGAAUAAUGGCAAAUUGGUUAAAAAAGACUAUGAAGAAUUAAUGGACGAUGUAUAUCUAGAAUGUGUAUAUCUAAUACUCAAGGGUGACGAUGAAAGUGAACAUGCUGAUGAAUCCGAAGAGGAAAGUGAUAUUUAA